AUGGAUAGCAUUAUAUCACAAGUUCAAGCUUUGGCAGAGAAUGCCAAUGAAAGUACUAGACGUGAUAUCCUAGAUGGCCUUCGUAAUCUUGCUUCAUCGCUCGAGUCAUCACAGGAUACAGUGCAGAGAAUUGCUUACGUUCACUUUCAACCCGUGCUUAUUCGAGUUGGCCUGGACUUGAAAAUCUUCAACAGGCUCAGCGAGGUUGACACCCCUUUGAGCGUUUCUGAGCUAUCUGGGGAGACCGGUGCAGCACCGACUCUUCUUGUGGGUGUUAUCAGAGAGACCGAGAAAGACAUGUUCACCGCGAAUAACAUCACCAAAUAUUUGAGUGACCCGGGAGUUCAAAGUGCUGUGUAUCAUAAUGUGAAUACCAUUGGGCCUGCUAUUUUCGCUUUGCCGGAUUUUCUUGCGGAAAACAAGUACCGAGAUAUUAAGAGUCCAGUGAAUACUCCUCUGCAGAAGGCAUUCAACAUAGAUGUGCCGGCAUUUGUCUGGGCAGUGACUCAACCAGAGAGACUAGGCCACAUGCACAGGUACAUGGAAGCAGAACAGAAAGGGAUGCGGCCGUGGGUUGACGCCUACCCUAUAACUGAACGUUGUCGUGAUUUAGAACCGCAACAGGUUCUAUUUGUCGACGUUGGAGGCGGACUAGGUCAUCAAGCCGUCGCGUUAAAGAAGCAACUGCCCGAGAUUCAUAACUCAGCCAUCGUGCAGGAUUUGCAUGUCGAUCCCAAUGAUUUCAUAAAGCAUCCGGGCGUGGAGACUAUGAAAUUCGAUUUCUUUCAACCCCAGGUCGUUCAAGGAGCCCGGAUCUAUUACUUUCGGAUGAUCAUGCACGACUAUCCAGAUGAACAAGCGGCAGCUAUUCUCAAGAACACGAUUCCUGUCCUUGGACCUGAUUCUGUCAUUCUCAUUGAUGAUAUGGUUCUCCCUGACUCUGGAGUUCAUUGGCAUUCUACCCAGUUUGACAUUACCAUGAUGACAACGCUGGCCUCACAAGAGCGCACAGAGGAGCAAUGGCAUACUUUGAUGGAAAAGGCGGGCUUGAAGAUUAGAAAGAUUUAUACUUACUCCCCGAGGUGUAAUUCUGUGAUCGAAUGCGUUCCGAUUUAA